AUGGGGCACGGAGGAGGAGAAGAAGAAACGGCGGCGGCGGCGCUGAGCGCACCUUUGAUCGGAACGACGGCGGCGAGAAGCGAGUUGGGUGAGGAAGUGAAGAAGCAAGUAUGGCUGGCGGGGCCACUGAUAGCGGUGAGCUUGUUGCAGUACAGCCUCACCCUCAUAUCGGUGAUGUUUGUGGGCCACCUCGGAGAGCUCAGCUUGUCCUCUGCUUCCAUGGCCACUUCCUUCGCCUCCGUCACCGGCUUCAGCUUGUUGCUGGGAAUGUCAAGCGCCCUAGACACGUUCUGCGGGCAAGCCUAUGGAGCCAAACAGUACCACAUGAUGAGCAUCCACACACAAAGAGCCAUCGUGGUCCUAUUAUCCGUCAGCAUUCCCCUAACCCUAAUAUGGGCCAACACGGGCCCAAUCCUGAAGGCACUGGGCCAACAGGCCGACAUCUCCGCCGGCGCCGGCACGUACGCCCAGUUCAUGAUCCCGUCCAUCUUCGCCUACGGCAUCCUGCAGUGCCUCGUCAAGUUCCUCCAGACGCAGAGCAUCGUCUUCCCCAUGGUCCUCUGCUCCGCCGCCGCGGCCCUCCUCCACCUCCUCCUCUGCUGGCUGCUGGUCUUCAAGUUCGCCCUCGGUAUGAUCGGCGCCGCCAUCUCCAUCUCCAUCUCCAAUUGGGUCAACGUCCUGUCGCUCUCGUUGUACAUAAAGUUCUCGCCUUCCUGUGCCAAGACCUGGACCGGAUUUUCGCGGGAAGCUUUCAGAGAUAUCUGGACUUUCCUCAAGCUCGCCAUUCCGUCCGCUUCCAUGGUUUGCUUGGAAAUGUGGUCAUUUGAGAUGUUGGUUCUUGCUUCUGGCCUUCUUCCUAACCCGGAGCUCGAGACAUCUGUGCUUUCCAUAAGCCUGAACACAGCAGCAACGGUGUGGAUGAUCGCCUAUGGACUAGGUGGCGCUGUAAGCACGAGGGUGUCGAACGAGCUGGGAGCAGGGCGUCCUGCUCGUGCACGCCUGGCGGUGAUCGUGGUGGUCGGAUUGGCCGUAGCGGAAGGGGUUUUGCUUGCGGUGAUCUUGUUCUCAAUACGCAAUGUUUGGGGUCGUGCCUACAGCAACGACCAACCGGUGAUCGACUAUGUAGCUCAGAUAAUGCCCAUUGUUGCAGCUGCCAACUUUCUGGACGCCAUCCAGUGUGUGCUUUCAGGGACGGCUAGGGGAUGCGGUUGGCAGGAGAUUGGAGCGUAUAUAAACCUGGGGUCGUAUUACAUCGUGGGAAUACCAUGUGGCAUUUUGUUUGCCUUUGUUCUUCACGUUGGUGGAAAGGGUCUGUACCUCGGGAUCUUAUGUGCUUUGGUGGUGCAAGGAAUUCUGCUUGCCAUUAUUACCAUUCGCACCAACUGGGAACAAGAAGCAAAGAAGGCUAGUGAUAGAGUUCAUGAUACCACGAUGCCGGUGGAGAGAUUGUCGUGA